AUGGAACUGUGGGAUGACCAUGCUUGGAUGAUGCGAUUCAGGAUGACAAAGGUGACCUUUCUUGAACUGGUCGAGGUUCUUCGCCCUCGUCUCCAGCGCCAGACCACCACCAUGCGCGCUCCUCUCUCGGUUGAGAGAAGAGUUGCGGUAGCGGUUUGCUGUCUUGCCAACGGCUGCAGCUACCAGGUGGCUAGUGACCUGUUCGGGAUAGGACGUUCAACGGUGGCAGCCUCCGUGAUGGAAUUCUGUUUUGCUGUGGAGGUAGAACUGUUAUCUAAAACCGUCUGUCUCGGACCCGACAUUGGCUUGGUAAUGGAAGGAUUUAGGAAGUUGGGUUUUCCACACUGCAUUGGCGCCAUCGAUGGAUCUCACAUCCCGAUAUGUGCUCCAGGUGGUCGUCCUGACCAAUAUGGAAAUCGCAAAAACUUUUCCUCUAUCCUUCUGCAGGGGACUGUAGAUGCCAGUGGACAUUUCAUUGAUGCAGAGGUGGGAUGGAGUGGCAAAAAUCAUGAUGCCUUUGUCUUCUCUCAUUCUGCCUUUUGUCUGGCCAUGGACGCCGGGUCACUUGUCCCAGGAAAUCUGUGCCUCGACUUGGAUGGUGUCCUGGUCCCACCGCUGGUUAUUGCCGACAGUGCGUACCCCAUGCGACCUUGGCUUAUGAAGCCGUCCACGGAUGCAGAACAUCAUCGAAAUUUAGAUCGGUGCUUGUGUCGGGCUAGGAAUUCGGUGGAGAGAUGUUUUGGUCAUCUAAAAUCGAGAUGGCAGUGUCUUUCCAGACAUCUGCAAGUGAGAGAGCAGAACGUUGUUUCUGUAGUGACAGCUUGCGUUGUGCUACACAACAUCUGCGAAGAGAAGGGACAUCCUGUCCUGUCUUCACUCCAGUCGCCAGCUGAAGUCAGGAUUGAGUCUGAAGAGGAGGAGGAUGUUGCCUCUAAUGCUGGGCAACUUGAGGCAGGGAAGCGGGUGCUUGAAGCCUUGGCGCGGUAUAUGGCUUCUGGCCGCACACCACUGUAG